GGCCUCUGUUGGUGAAUCAUAAGAGCCACGGGGUUUUUCAGCCCGCUGCAACUUCCCCAUGCGCCUUGCGGUUCUGGCCGUGCCGGGCUUGUGGCUGGCGAGGGGUGACAGCGAGAGCUGUGGAGAGCUCUCUGUGGAGAGCCUCUUUGGCGCGAUCCCGCAGCGGGAGGACGAAUGGCUUCGCUGGGUGGCAGCGCGCCCAAACCAACCUGCCGCUGCUCUGCGUGCGGCGGAGGUUCUUCGCGGACCAGCCACUGAGCAAAGCGUGCAGGAGGCAUGGCGCGAGGUGGAAACUAUCCAGCUGGAUGGGUGCGAGAGCGCGGAGCUGGUGGGCUGGUUCCGCUUCCGCUACUUCCAGUGGCUGCCCAAGACCAACCUGAGCGCAUUGGAACAACAACUUCGCCAGUGUUCAGGUUCGGCCCUCGAGGUCGCGGCGGGGCUCUUGCUGAGCCGCGACGGCACUCAGACGCCAGAGGCGCUGAAGCUGCUCGCCGAGGCCAGCCCCUCGCUGCGCCUGGCCUUGGCCCUGCACAGCAGCGGGGAGAAAUCCGCGGUGGCCUCCUUGGCGCCCCGCGCCAAGCAGGAGCUCAAACUGUCGGAGGAGGGCCGAGACUUUGACGAGCUGCUGCUGGCGACUUUUGGCUUUCUGGGCGCCGUGACGGGCCACGAGCCCCGCCUCGCCACGCAGGCGCUGCAGGCGGCCCAGCGCGGAGCGGGCAGCGGCGCCCUGGAGGCCGCCUUGUACUCCGCCUCCAUGAGGGGCGCGCUGCCCUUCCAGCUUUGUCAGCAGAUUUUCCACUUGCAGCGGGACCUCCUCUUCCAGCCUUCCAGCUGCCUCCACAGGUUGGAGCUGUCUGUGCUCCUGCUGAAGGGCGCUAAGGCCAUUCAGGCGGCGGCGCCGGCGGCGGAGCGUUUCCUGGAGACGCUGGCCAUGGAGUGCCCCAAGAUGGCCACCGAGUUGUCGGGCAUGGGCCAGGCCUGGCUCACGGCGCCCAGCGCCCAGCGCGGAGUCGUCGGCUUGGGCGGGGAGCUCCAUGCGGUGGCCGCCAUUCGCGCCGGCAUCCGGAAAGCCAACUACGCGGCCCGGAAUGUCUCUGGGCGGAGCGUGCACUGGGAGGUGCUGCACGCCGCACGCCUCACUGCGGCGCUGCCCCCUUCGACUCGCUGCGCGAAGGCGGCGGCCUCGGCGCUUCCGCUUCCCCCGCCCUGGCUGGCGCCGCCGGGGAAAGAUGCCUGGGGCUGCCCUGAGGUCGCAGCGGCCGAAUUCCGGAAGCGCUGCUUGAGCCGCGGCAAGCCCUGCGUCCUCCGUCAGGCCGCCCAUCUGCUGCUGGCCAACGGCACGGCUUCGGCGUCGGAGCUGGGGCGGUGGCUGCACCUGGCGCCCAACGCCACGGUGAAGGUCAGCUUCCCCUACAAGGUGCCGAACGGCACCUCCACGCUGAACCUUCUCCAGCCAACCGCGGAGUUCAUGGCGGCUGAGAAUGUGACGCUGGAUGGCGCGCCACCUUGGACCUUGAAGCGGCCAGGUUCCUGGCACAUGCGGCUCCAGGACGCCAUCGCCUGGGCACAGCGGCAUCCAACUCAGGAGAUCUACAUGAACCAAGCCAUGGUGGCGGACCUCGGCUCCGCCGCUUUGGCCCAGCUCCAGAGCAACGCCUUGGCCGAGGGCCUGGAGCUGCUGCAGCCCUCCCUGUGGCUGGCCUCAGGGGCGGUGACCACGGGCUACCACUCCGACGGCCCGGAGAACCUGCUGGCGCAGCUCACGGGCGCGAAGAAGGUGGCGCUGCUGCGGCCCCAGGAGGCCCAGAGGCUGCGCUACCAGGAGGUGCUGGAUGUUGAGCCGCUGCUGAGCUUGGACGAGUCUGGCGCAACGCUGGGUGCUGCUCAACAUCUGGAGCGGCGAAGCACAGGCCACUCGGUGAUCGACGUGGCUCAGCCGGCGCUGCCAAAGGAGUUGCUGGACAGUUACAAGGAGGCAAAGGGCAUGACCUGCGACCUGCAAGCCGGCGACGUGCUGUACAUCCCCUCCAGAUGGCACCACGCGGUCUUCACCACACCGGACGACAGCUGCACGGCCUUGAGCCUCAACCUCUGGUAUCAUCGCAAGGUCCAGGCGCUUGCCUCGGGUGAUCGAACUCGGAACUCGGCCCAGCCUGGAUCGUCACUACGCGCCUUUGGAGGCAUUCUCACCAGCGAGUUUUAA